CAAAAUUAUGUCAGUAAAACUUUGGAAAAGAUAGUUCAGCUACCAAGGAAGUUAAGAUUGAGAGAGUCCCUAGCUGAUACAGUUGGUUCUUGUCUUGUGAUAUACAUGCUUGUUGUGUAUCUGUUUUUUGGAAAGAAUAAACAAUUUUGACACCACACAAUUGCAAGCUGGUGUACCUAAUUUUUACCAUAUUCACUAAUAUCUAAAUUUGGAAACCUUGGAGAAUACCAAAUGUCUAGCUUACACAAACGAAUACUUUAUUGCCUUUUUUUUUAGAAAGCCUAAAAUCCAGGUUUUUUUCUAUCUUGUUGGCUAGUGUUAUUUUUUUUUUACAAAUUAAUCAGUGUCCUAAAAUUGGACAGAAAAUAAAGAUAGACACCACUAAAGUAAAGCUCCAAACAUCAUGGUAAAAGGUAAGUGACGCUACUCAGAAGAUUAUUACAAGAAUCAAAAGUAUUCAUGUGACAAUGUGAAUGCACCCUUCUUUUUUUCUAGCUAGCUAUCUAGUUAGAUAACAAUAUGUAGGACUUUUAGCACACAGUUGUAAAACUCAGGGGAAAACCUUUGAAGCAUGGGAAAAGAUCCAACAGUGACCCUGGAGAGCAGGAGUGAUUUGAUCCAGCUGACCUUGAUAAGCAGUGCUCAGGCAGUGGAUUUGUGUAGCGCGAACACGGACACGUGGUUUAGUACGGAUCUCGGUGUGCAUGCGGCCAUCACACUGCUUUAAGGGGGAUUUUCACGAAGCGAAUUGACCGCGAAAUCGACGGCGAAUUGUGUCUGAGCAUGCGCAGAUUUGUUUGUUAUGUUUUUGCAUCGAAAUAUUCGCUUCGCUGAAAAGUAGAAACAUUUCCUACUUUUUCGCGGCUAAAGGUUUCGCUGCUAGUUUUAGACCAAUCAGAACGCGGUUAAUCAAUGUAAACAAUGAAUUUGACGUCUAAUUUAUUUUGUCCUGAAAAUUAAAAAGCGAAUUCGCCGUUCAAUUUGCUUCGUGAAACCCCCCCUUUACAUCAGCCCUUUCGGGUGGCACAAAGCCCUCGUUGACGACCGGCACCCUCGAACUUCUAUAACAAAACCGUAAAUAAACAGUGGGGAUCGGGUCAUUAGGGGACUGUGAUUAUGUGGGGCCGUAACAAUGAUAAUUUCGUUACAAACAAUAAAACAUGUGUCUAUGUAAGAAUUCGACACAUUUUUAUGUUUAAUCCCGUUGUGUUUAAUGCUUAAUCGUACUUUCGCAGGUACUACAUCCAAUUAACGCUAGCAGCCUGAAUCCGCGAAACAGUCCUGUUAAGCCGUCAGGACAGCUUGUGGGGACGUGAUUUUAAUAGCUGAAAAAUGCAAAAUAAUUCAUACUUUAUCACACACAUUGCGUCCUCAUAUUAAGGCAUGAAAAAGGGUUUAACAGAAGGUAUACAGUGUAAGAAGCUUUUAUUUUAAUGUUACUACAGUAGCUUUACUUCUGCUACAACCGCGAAGGAGGGUAAGGUGUUUGUAAGGAAGAAAAGGAAAGAAAUGAUAAUAGCGGGUUUGUCAUUAUAACAUGUUAAGAAGCCAAGUGCAAAAUAACCGUCAAUUUUUAAGGGAAUAGUAACAUAUGUUUUGCAACAUUUCGAUUAAAACACCUGUGAAGAAGAGUGUUGCUUUAUGAGAAAUCUGAUCCCACUCACCUAUUCCAUCCACCCACCGUAUCCAGACAUCAUGGUAUGCCAAAGCUAUACCAUAACGUAACUUUUCAAAGAGCUUUGAUUACCUAUUAUGUUCGAAUAUAAUAAGUCAAGUUCAUUUAAUAAACCUAUUCAAAGAGUAAUAGUAAUAAAUAAUGCAGAAAACCUUUUUAGUGAAAUAAAUAAUAGGGAAUGAAAGAAAAGAAACAACGACAAAUAAUUAUAGGUAUUUAAAACAUCGACUUCGAGAUUAUCAUUUAUAUAAGUGGUAGAGAUAAGACAAGGAAAUAGAUGAAAUAUUUGGCCUUUUAACAGUGAAGCGAUUUUAUGCAUUUUUCUCACACAAGUUGAGGCUGGAUUCCAAGCUUAAAACAGUCGAGAAAUUACCAUGGCAACAGUGGACGAGCAGUCGAAACAACAAAAGAAGAAAAAGUUGAGCGGUAUAAGAACAUUCUUUAACAACAGAGUGACGUCACGGCAACAGAAGAAAAUGUCGCGAACCACAUCAAUGCCCGUCGGAUUAGAACUGAUUAGCAAUGACACCACCGAUGGUUGGAAUGUUAUAUCUCACGCGAAAAGAAAUUCCGGUAUAGAUUCAAGAGACCUACUGAAUAUUAAACCGCUAUUCCAUCGUCCCCAAAGUGAAUAUCUUGACUUUAUCUCUGAAAAAAGCGACUUCACCAUACCGCACGAUAGAAAGAUGUCCGAUCAAUCCGAAGAUCUUCAAACCAAUUCUGUCGAACGAUCGGAUGAUCUGUCGUCUUUACCAAGUUCGUCUGUUGCAGACGAUGACGAAUGGAAUAACUUAUCACCCAGCGGGUACCAAUUUGAUUUGCGUAAGGCGUAUUCUGAUAUCAAUCUGACUAAUGGAUAUGAUAAUGACUUUAUUCAUGGUAAUCUUAUAAAAACUAAUACAAAACAGGUUUAUGCUCGAGAAAAGAUACCCUUGCUGACAAAUAGAAAUCGAGCGCCAAAAUUGCCAUCUGUUGAUCAGAAUAAAAGCAAAUACAAGCAAAAAAAUCACAAGCAUCCGAAUGCAAUUAGGCAGAAGCGCUAUCGAAAAUACAAAGCGCCAAUUCCACCAACGAAAGCAAACCUAAAUGGCGUGCCGAAUGUACAAGAAAUUACCGAUAAAAUUGAUAUAUCAAAAGUCGUUCGAAGCGACUCUCAAACUUCUUUGCAUAGAACUCGUAGUUUCAUGCGAGAACGCAGGCAAAGUACGAUGGAUAAAAAACGACGAUUGUCGGCUGAAAGCAAAGACAUCUUCGAGAACGCAAACUUAGCUGAAAAUAUAAACCAGUUAAAAUAUCUAGUUGAGCUCGAAAUAGAAAGUGUUCUUCUAAACAAAACGUACGACCAAGCAUUAUGCACAAUGUGGUGUAAGGAAAUUUCAACCAAAGUGCGCGACAAAGUACGACAUAAAACCGAGAAAAACUAUAAAGUCGUAGCAAAUACAUAUAUCGGUGCAAACUGUCGGUCUAGCGAAGGAGAAGAUUCGACACACGUGUCUGUGCAAGGUAUUACAAAUCCAAGCACUGAUAAAUUUCUAACAGUUGCUUUUGAAGGCAACAAUUUUUUCGUGUGGGUCACCCUUUGUUUAUUUGAAUAUUAGAACUCCGCGUCUAGCGU